CCUCUUCCCUCCUUCUCUCCCUUUCCAACCUUCUCCCUCCUACUAACAACAAGUGAGGACCAUCUCUGCGCAUCUAUCCGUUCUCUGUUCGGCGGCGGGGCAUUGAGCUGAGUUAUACAUGUCUGCUGGAAUUUCUUUUCCCCUCAUCCAUUUCACUGUUUAAUCGAUGAGGAUGGCCGACUGCAGGUGCAGCGGCGGCGUGCGUUCGAGCCAGCGGGGACGCUGUGUGGUGCACUAGGACCGGGGAGAGACCACUCUCAUCGUGAGCAUUGGAGCUGUAGAGGGAACCCCCCACACACAUUGGAUCUGGCGAUUAUAUCCAUACAUUUCUUUCCCCCAUUCUCAUCUCCACGGGGAUCGCGCCAUAUCGAGUGUGUUUUGGGAAACACACAGGAGUGGAUCUGCUUAAAAGUCAGCUCUUAGUUUUUUUUUUUAGGAGUGGGUGAUAUUGUCAUUUUGCCAUAUCAUGUUUUCUUGGCCGUAGAAAAAAAUCUUGUUCUCACCCAUCUUACAUUUACUCCAAGAGCGCAAAAGUCACAUCUGCGCAGGAGAGCACCCUGCGCGCUUUUUUUCCUCCAGAAAGGACAGAAGCUUAGAAAAGAAAAUCGUAAUUCUUGUCUCUGAAUUUCAGUUGGACGAUUGGCUGAAUGGGUGACCUCGCUGCAACACAGAUCACCCCCAGCCUUCAGCCACUGUACGCACACGGUUUUUUUCUCUGCUGACCGGGAGUUGUGAUGUCCAGAGCCUUCCCCGCUGACUGACAAUCCGCGUCGUACCAUUUUGGAAUCAGAUUGAAGGCUUCGAGGACGGGGGAGGAAGAUGAGACCUCCCAGCCCUCUCCUGAUCCUGCUGUACUUCACCCUGUCCAAGAGUGUAAAGGUGGUCUCAAAGAGAGGCUCAGUGGACGGCUGCACAGAUUGGUCAGUGGAUUACCUGAAGUACCAGGUGCUUCAAGGUGAGCCGGUGCGUCUCAAGUGCGCUCUGUUCUAUGGUUACAUCCGGGCCAACUACAGCCAAGCCCAGAGCGUGGGCCUCAGCCUCAUGUGGUACCGCAGCUCCGGCCUCGGCCACAGUGACUUUGAGGAGCCCAUCUCUUUCGACGGAGUGCGCAUGAGCAAGGAGGAGGACGCCAUCUGGUUCAGACCUGCUGACCUCCAAGACAUUGGCCACUAUUCAUGUGUUUUACGGAACUCUACGUACUGCAUGAAGGUCUCCAUGUCCCUGACCGUGGCUGAAAACGACACAGACCUUUGCUACAACUCCGACAUGAGAAGACAUGAGAAGGCUGAGCUUAGUAAGAGCAAAGACAUCCUCUGUCCUGACAUAGAUGACUACGUUGAACCUGGGAAAGAGCCUGAAAUCACGUGGUACAAGGAAUGUCGUCCAAAAAAGUGGAGGGCCAGUAUUAUCCAGAGGAGAGACAUUUUGUCCUUUCAAGAGGUAAAGGAGGACGACAUUGGAAAUUACACCUGCGAAAUCCAGUUUGGUGGCUUUGUUAUCAGAAGGACGACUGAGCUCACAGUAACUGCUCCUCUGACCGACAGACCACCGAAGAUCCUAUUUCCAGCAGAAAAUAAGAUAACCAACAUGGAGAUGCAGCUAGGAAGCGCUUUGAACCUCACGUGCAGAGCGUUUUUUGGCUACAGCGGAGACGUCAGCCCGCUCAUCUACUGGAUGAAGGGGGAGAAGUUCAUAGAGGACCUGGACGAAGAGAGGGUCCAGGAAAGCGACAUCAAGCUUGUCAGGGAGCAUCUUGGAGAGCAAGAAGUGGCGAUUUCCUUGACUAUUGACUCUUUGGAGGAAGAGGAUUUAGGAAAUUUUUCCUGUUAUGUGGAAAAUGGCAACGGGCGCCGCCAGGCCACCAUCCAGAUCUUCAGGCGAGCAGAGCUCAUGUACACAGUGGAGCUGGCAGGAGGGCUGGGAGCGAUUCUGCUGCUUCUCAUCUUCCUCAUCUCCCUCUACAAAUGCUACAAGAUUGAGCUGAUGCUUUUCUAUAGGAGGCACUUCGGCAGCGAGGACGUGGAUGGAGAGAACAAAGACUAUGAUGCAUAUCUGUCCUACACCAAAGUUGACCCUGAUCAGUGGAGUCAGGAGACCAGGGAGGAGGAGCGCUUCGCCCUGGAAAUCCUCCCCGACGUGCUGGAAAAACAUUAUGGUUACAAACUCUUCAUCCCGGAUCGAGACCUCAUUCCAACAGGCAGUCUCACCAAUGAGCAUUACCAGGAUGACACACGGCUCUUUGGAGCGUACAUAGAGGAUGUGGCGCGUUGCGUAGACCAGAGCAAGCGCCUCAUCAUAGUCAUGACGCCCAACUAUGUGGUGCGGCGAGGUUGGAGCAUCUUCGAGCUAGAGACCCGGCUGCGCAACAUGCUGGCGAGCGGUGACAUCAAGGUCAUCCUGAUCGAGUGCGCUGAGCUGCGCGGCAUCAUGAACUACCAAGAGGUGGAGGCCCUCAAACACACCAUCAAAGCCCUCACAGUCAUCAAGUGGAGGGGCCCCAAAAGCAACAAGCUCAACUCAAAGUUCUGGAAGCAGCUGCAGUACGAGAUGCCCUUCAGGCGCACGGAGCCCAUGCUCACGCACGAGCCGGCACUGGACGUCAGCGAGCAGGGCCCCUUCGGCGAGCUUCAGACCGUCUCCGCCAUCUCCAUGGCAGCGGCCACCUCCACGGCCAUGGCCACCGCCCAUCCGGAGCUGCGCUCGUCGUUCCACAACACCUACCACACCACCAUGAGGCAGAAACACUACUACCGCAGCUACGAGUAUGACAUACCCCCGGGGGGGACCUUGCCACCUCUCUCGUCUCUGGGGAACCAGCACACCUACUGCAACAUCCCGCUAACACUGCUGAACGGACAGAGGCCUCCCGGGAAGAGCCGAGAGCACAGCCUGGAGGAAGCCCACGCCAACAACGCCAUGCUCCCUCUGCUGCCAAGAGAAACCAGCAUCUCCAGCGUCAUCUGGUAGUAACAGGCUCGACGCCGGCUUCAGGAAGACCAGGCGGGGUCAGACAUGACGAGAACCAAAAGCAGAAGAUGAAACCACACAAAGCGGAUCUGUUCAGGUCCAUUCAUCACCGCGGACGGAGAACACAGUGGGUGGUGUGGAGGCGGGUUCCCGUGUCUUUCAAGGGGAACCAGUGUCUUCUAAUGAGCAAUUUUAUUUUCUAUGUGGAACUAAAGGAAAUAUUGAAAAAAAGAACACUGGAUUUUUUUUCUACACUGACGAACAAAAAGUGCAGGAACUCUGCGUUAAGGAGGACACACACAAUUCCAACAUCCUCACAAAAAGAAAUGUGCAUACAUACAAACAAAAGGAAAACAGGGUCUGUACAUAUAUUUGCAUUUUAUUAGUAGCAUCAGUGUUUGUUUUUUUUUGUUUGUUUUUUUUUUUUAGUUCUUUACUGUGUUUAAUUCAAUCAUGUCUGUUGCCUUCUCUACUGUAGAACUUUGCUUUAAUCUUGUUACAUAAAGUUGUAUAUUUUUCAUUCUUUUUUAGUUUUUUGUUAUCUUUAAUAUGCUUGAUUGGAAAGCCAGUAUGUCACAUGCUUGCGCUGUUGUGUUAUUUUAUUUUUUGUUUGUUUGUUUGUUUUAAAUCAUUCUGUAGUUUGAGCUAACUUUUUUAAUGAAAAAAAAACUACUUUUCGAAAGACCUGGACAAGGUGUAUCGGUUUUAAAAGAAAACUCCUUUGCAGAAGAAAAAAAAAAUCAUAGAAUAUGCAAAAAGACUGAGAAGCUGGCUAAAUACAUCCGGCCACGUGGGGAACCGACGGUAGAAGUGGUCUGAGAAGAAACGCCGGUCCCCUCCAAUCAGACCGACAGACUGACAGAUAUCUUUCUGAAGCUUCGUUUUUUGGGGUGUUUUUUGUUCUUUUUUUCUAUCGAAAAAAAACAGCCUGACUGUUUUAGAGUGAUAGUGAAAUGCCUCACCUUACAAAGAAAAAUCUGUAGAUUAUUUUAAAAGAAGAAUUCUAUUUUUGUAAACGGAAAAGAGUUUGCUUGAGAGGCCAUACUUGCAUUUCAUCUUCCAUCGAAGGGGGAUACGUGUCGACGCGUUCUGCUGGUUUUGUACUCUUGUAAACGUGGUUCCUGGUUUUGUUGAGAGACUAAGCUGGUUUUUGAAUCCAACCUGACAAAAAUACAUCCUCUGUUGCUCCAGGUUCAAGAGGAAAAAAAAGAAGCCUUUUCAAUGUUUUUCCAUUUUCGAUGAGUCAUUUUAUUGCCACCCUGAUAAUUCAGAUUUAUUUGGUUCAUAGAUAUAGUUCACGUUUUAAUGAGAGAAAAGAAAAAAGGUGUGUUUUGAAAGACUUUUUAAAAUAUAUUUGAAGGUGUGAUUUUUAAGUAUGCAUAGCAAAUAGAUAUGUAUUCUAUAUAUAAUAUAGAUAUUUAUAUAAAUAUAUAAACACAAUUUUCACUUGGAAAGAAAUGUCUAUCUUUAUAGAAACACAAUCAUUAUCAGUUGCCCCUACUUUCUCACUGCACAUUAAAAGCAUUGAUUUCCUUUGAA